AUGCCAUGUGAAUCUGGAAAGGAACAUGUUGAAGAAGGCAGAGCCAGCCUCUAUAAGUCUGUGGUUUCCAACAGCUGCAAGGAGAUGUCUUGUUACUCAGACUUUCCAUUCCCAGAAGAUUAUCCAAACUAUGUGCCAAAUUCUCAAUUCCUGGAAUAUCUCAAAAUGUAUGCAAACUGGUUCAGCCUUCUGGAAUGCAUUCAAUUCAAGGUAAGACACAAAACAUCAGUCAGUAGUCAGAAAAAACAUGAAAAUCCAAACAUGAAAAUUCCUCAGCAUGAAGGAAAGCAAGAGUCUGCCAUCUUUGAUGCUGUCAUGGUCUGCACUGGUUUCCUUACUAACCCGUAUUUGCCACUGGACUCUUUUCCAGGUAUAAAUACCUUUAAAGGCCAGUACUUUCAUAGCCGGCAAUAUAAACAUCCAGAUAUAUUUAAGGACAAGAGAGUCCUUGUGAUUGGAAUGGGGAAUUCGGGCACAGACAUUGCUGUGGAGGCCAGCCACCUGGCAAAACAGGUGUUCCUCAGCACCACUGGAGGGGCCUGGGUGAUGAGCCGAGUCUUUGACUCGGGGUACCCGUGGGACAUGGUGUUCAUGACUCGAUUUCAGAACAUGUUCAGAAAUUCUCUCCCAACUCCAAUUGUGACUUGGUUGAUGGCAAGAAAGAUGAACAGCUGGUUCAAUCAAUGAGCACAUUACGGCUUAGUACCAGAAGACAGGACACAGCUGAGAGAGCCUGUGCUAAAUGACGAGCUUCCGGGCUAUAUCAUCACUGGGAAACUUCUCAUCAAGCCAAGCAUAAAGGAGGUGAAUGAAAACUCUGUCGUAUUUAACAACACCCCAAAAGAAGAGCCCAUUGAUAUCAUUGUCUUUGCCACGGGCUACACCUUUGCUUUCCCCUUCCUUGAUGAGACUGUAGUCAAAGUUGAAAAUGGCCAGGCAUCACUGUACAAGUACAUCUUCCCUGCACAUCUGCCACAGCCAACCCUGGCUGUUAUUGGCCUCAUCAAACCCUUAGGCUCCACGAUACCCACAGGAGAAACACAAGCACGAUGGGUUGUUCGAGUCCUGAAAGGUAUAAACAAGUUACCACCACGAAGUGUCAUGAUAGAUGAAGUUAAUGCAAGAAAAGAAGACACACCCAGUGGGUUUGGCUUGUGCUACUGCAAAGCUUUACAAUCAGAUUAUAUCACAUACAUAGAUGAACUCCUGACCAGUAUCAAUGCAAAACCCAACCUAUUCUCUCUGCUCCUGAUGGACCCACGCCUGGCUUUGACCAUCUUCUUUGGCCCAUGCACACCAUACCAGUUCCGCCUGACUGGCCCAGGGAAAUGGAAAGGAGCCAGAAAUGCCAUCUUGACCCAGUGGGAUCGAACAUUCAAAGUCACCAAAACUCGAAUUGUACAAGAAUCCCCAUCUCCUUUUGCAAGUUUACUUAAACUCUUAAGCCUUCUGGCUUUGCUUAUGGCCAUUUUCCUAAUUUUUCUAUAA